AGUCUUGCACAGGUGUACCGGCUCCUCCCCUUCAGUCUUGCACAGGUGUACCGGCUCCUCCCCUUCAGUCUUGCACAGGUGUACCGGCUCCUCCCCUUCAGUCUUGCACAGGUGUACCGGCUCCUCCCCUUCAGUCUUACACAGGUGUACCGGCCCCUCCCCUUCAGUCUUGCACAGGUGUACCGGCUCCUCCCCUUCAGUCUUGCACAGGUGUACCGGCUCCUCCCCUUCAGUCUUGCACAGGUGUAUCGGCUCCUCUCUUGGACUGAAAUGGCUUCCUCUGAUUUCACUGCACACUGUGAGUUUCUCACCAUGUGCGUUAGAAGCUGCAGCAAGUCAGAUAGAUCCCACCUCAUUUCCUGGCUGGAAGACACCCGGCAUCAUCUAGCACAGGGGUCUCCAAGUGGGGAUCUGAAGUCAUCACGGCCACGCCGCUGCUACGUUCCAGCGUGC